AUGGAUUCUAAUGAAGCAAAAGGGCUACCACCUCCCCCACCUGUAGUUCCACCAAACCUUGUACCUGAGCAUAUCAAAAAGACCACUCUUCUUCCAAUGGCUCGGCGUAGCAUCGGGUCCAAAGGAGUGAGGACACCUCUUCUUACCAAUCACUUCAGAGUCAACUUCAACAACGCAAAUGGCCACUUCUAUCAUUACAGUGUCGCUAUUAAAUAUGAAGAUGGGAGUCCAAUGGAGGCUCAACGUAUUUUUAGGAAGAUUCUUGAAAAGGUUCAGGAAACGUAUCUAACAGAAUUAGGAUCCAAAUACUUUGCUUAUGAUGGCCAGAAGAAUCUGUUCACCGUUGGUGCUCUUCCUAGCAACAAAAUGGAUUUCUCAGUCGUUCUUGAAGACACAAUUUCUAGCAGAAACAACACUGGAAAUGCUAGUCCAAAUGAAACAAAUGACGCAGACAGGAAAAGAUCAAGGCGGCCACACCGAUCCAAGAAGUUCGUGGUUGAGAUAAGCUAUGCUGCAAGGAUCCCCAUGCAGGCCCUUGCAAGCGCUCUUCAGGGAAGGGAAACAGAUAAUCUUCAAGAUGCUACAAGAGUGUUGGAUGUCAUUUUGAGACAGAAUUCAGCUAGGCAAGGUUGCCUACUCGUUCGCCAAUCAUUUUUUCACAACGAUGCUCAGAACUUUAUAAACAUUGGUGGAGGUGUAGUUGGUGUCAGAGGGUUCCACACAAGCUUCAGAACUACUCAGAGAGGCUUAUCCUUGAACAUCGACACUUCAACUACAAUGGUAGUACAACCAGGCCCUGUUAUUAAUUUCCUUCUUGCAAAUCAGAAUGUGAAUCACCCAAACUAUCUUGACUGGAAUAAGGCUAGACGUGCUCUCAAGAAUCUCAGAGUUAAGGUUUCCCCCUCAAAUAGAGAAUAUAAGAUAACUGGACUAAGUGAAGAGCGCUGCAAAUAUCAAAUGUUUACUAUGAAUUCUAAAAACAAUAAGGGGGUAGUUGAGGAGGUUCAGAUGACGGUGUACCAUUACUUCACCGAGAUUCGCGGUCUCAAACUGGAAUAUUCAGGUGACUUUCCUUGCAUCAAUGUUGGUAAGCCAAAGCGCCCAACUUACAUUCCCAUUGAGCACUGUGAACUUGUGAGUCUACAGCGUUACACAAAAUCGCUUAGUAGUUUUCAGAAGGCUUCCUUGGUAGAAAAUUCUAGGCAGAGGCCACAUGAAAGAAUGGCUUCACUUGCCAACGGUCUGAAGAAUAGCAACUAUAAUGCUGACCUUGUGUUGCAAGAAACUGGUGUAAGCAUUGGCUCUAGCUUCAUUCAAGUGGAGGGUCGCGUUUUACCAGCACCAAGGCUGAGAAUGGGCAAUGGAGAGGAGUUUCAACCUCGCAAUGGGCGUUGGAACUUCAAUUAUAAGAAACUUGUUGAGCCAGCCACGGUUACUAGAUGGGCUGUUGUGAACUUCUCUGCUCCAUGUGACACAGAUAGUCUUAUUUCUGGCCUGAUUAGAUGUGGAAGGUCGAAAGGAAUCAAUGUAGAACCUCCAUACAAAGAUGUCUUUCAAGAAAAUCCUGGGUUUAAGGAUGCACCACCUAAUAUCAGAGUAGAAAAGAUGUUCGAGCAGAUGCGAUCUGAACUAGGAAAAAAGAAACCUCUAUUCCUUCUUUGCAUUCUUGCAGAAAAGAAAAACUCUCUUGUUUAUGGUCCAUGGAAGAAGAAGAAUCUUAUUGAACAUGGAAUUGUGACUCAGUGUAUUGCUCCUCCAAAAAACAUAAAAGAUCAGUAUAUCACCAAUGUUCUCCUCAAGAUAAAUGCCAAGCUCGGUGGACUGAACUCCUUGUUAGCUAUGGAGCGCUCACAAGCAAUAAUGCCUUUAGUAACACAAGUUCCUACCUUCAUUGUUGGGAUGGAUGUAUCUCAUGGUUCCCCUAGUCAGUCUGACGUACCAUCGAUUGCUGCGGUUGUGGGAUCCAGAGAAUGGCCGCUCAUCUCAAAAUAUAGGGCAUGCGUGCGCACACAAUAUAGGAAAGUGGAAAUUGUUGAUAAUCUCUUCAAACCUGUCGCCAACGAAAAGGGAAUACUCGUAGAUGAAGGAAUUUUCUGGGAGCUCUUGUUCGACUUUUACUCAAGCUCCGGGAAGAGGAAACCUGAGCACAUUAUCAUUUUCAGGGAUGGUGUGAGUGAUUCACAGUUCAAUCAAGUUCUUAACAUUGAAUUGGAUCAGAUGAUGCAGGCAUGCAAGUUUGUUGAAGAAAAUUGGGAACCCAAGUUCACAGUGAUCAUUGCACAGAAGAACCACCACACCAAGUUCUUCCGGGAUGGAUUCCCUGACAAUGUUCCUCCAGGAACAAUAGUUGACAGCAGGAUCUGUCACGCACACAACAAUGACUUCUAUCUCUGUGCCCAUGCUGGAGUCAUGGGAACUACAAGGCCAACACAUUACCAUGUUCUCUAUGAUGAGAUUGGAUUUUCGACAGACGACCUCCAAGAACUUGUUCAUUCUCUAUCCUAUGUCUACCAGAGGAGCACCAGUGCCAUCUCAGUCGUUGCACCUAUUUGUUAUGCUCAUUUGGCGGCUGUACAGAUGGGAACUGUGAUGAAAUUUGAGGACACGUCUGUGUCUGAGACAUCAUCGAUCCAUGCUGGGAUCACGAGAUCUGGAGAAGCCCCUGUGCCACCCAUGCCGAUGUUGAACUCGGAAGUUGCAAGCUCCAUGUUCUUCUGCUGAAGGAAACGUCCAGUCCGCCGCUUUUAAUUUUCUUUGCUUUAUCCAACAAAACUUUAAAUCCCCCUUAGACUCCUCUUCUUUUUAUAUAUGAUAUUCAGUACGCUCCUUUAAGUGUUUUGCUGCCCUUUGUUGGU